AUGACGCCGCUGGAUCAGGAAGGUCCCACCCUGAGUGACGGCCCCAACGACCGUGCUAGAAGGCUCAAUGUUGGAGUUUGCAUGUACCUGUACUCUGCGCGCGCAGUGCAGUAUGCAGUGGCAUCUGCAGAUUUCCUGGACACCUACAUCAUGGACAUAUCUGGCAGUAAUCAAGUUGUUGGCCAGAUUGAGUCCCUGUGUGGCGUCGCAGCGCUUCUGAUUUUAUUACCCUGCGGAUACCUGGCCGACCAUUGCAAACGAUUGGGUCUUCUUCGCAUAUUGGCAAUUGCAAAGGCCCUGCCCGUCAUGAUGACCUUUGUUGGCGUGAGGGAAAUGAACUUGCAGCUGCUACGAAUCGCGCUGGUGCUUCUCGCUGUCGUGAAUGGAGCUUUUGACCAGGUUUUGCAAGUCUUCCUGGUGGACAACAUUCUUUCUGAACAAAGAACACUCCAGCUCAGUCGAAAGGAAAUGCUUUCCUGGCUAGGGAGUGCGGUGGGGCCUUUACUUGGGCUUCUGUUGGUGAACUUGCACUCAGACACUUCCUGGUCGAUUCCUCUCCUCCAGAACGUGCUUUGUGCAGGGCUGGUGGGCUACCUCUUCGUUGAGCCUUCGGUAUUUCUCUUGAAGCCGACUCGCUUGUGCACGAGCGGCCAAGAGCCAACUGAUUCCUCUUUGCCUGCUUGGACACAGCAAAGAACUUGCGGGCUUCGCAAGCAAUGGCUGGUACCAAUAUGUACAGAGGCUAUGUGGGCUGGAACACAGAUCGCUGGAUCAAUGAGUCUCAAAUAUGUUCCGCUCUUCUUCCGCAAAGACUUUGGGAUAAGCGCAUCCGGUUUGAUGGUCCUUCGAGUGGCUGAAAACUUGAGCCUGGCGUGCAUGAAUUGGGGCACACCCGCAAUAACUGCAAAGUUGGGCCGUGCUUGGGCUGCGAUUUUCUUCAUCGCUGCUGGAGGAGUUUUCAUGCUUGGAGUGGCCGCGGUGCAUCAAACUUGGCUCGCUGCGUUGCUGUUCGUGUUCAGGACCGCUUUUGCCAGAGCAAAUGUGCCUUGCGUGCAGUCUAUUAUUUUUGAGUCGGUCCUGGUGAAGCACAGAGGACGCUGGGCAGCUGUAACCUCGUUCAAGUCAGCCACCAAUGGAGCAGGUGCUUGGGUUGGUGGCUACUUGGCGGACCGCACGAAUGAUUAUCGAGCUGGCUUCAACCUGACAGCCACUUUGCAUUUGCUGUGUGCUCUCCUCUAUGUGCCGGUUGCCUUCUUGGUGCCUCCCUAG